CUGCACAGUUCAGAUACUUUUCAGGUCUCAUGGCCAAUACUGGUUCCGACAACCAGCUUUUUGUGGGCAGACUGAACAAAAAGACACGUGAGUCAGACUUACGAGAAGUGUUCGAAAGAUACGGUCGACUUAUAAGGUGUGAUGUCAAAGUAGGGGUUGCAGUGGCAUAUGCUUUUGUUGAUUUCUACGAGCGAGAAGAUGCGAAAGAGGCGAUGCGAAAAGAGCACAGAAGGGAGCUGUUGGGGAGGAAUAUGAUUAUAGAGUGGGCAAGACAGGGUGACAGGGGCAAGUAUGAUGAUGACUGUCACAAGUGUGGAAAGAGGGGGCACUUUGCAAGCGAGUGUCGGUCGGCCUUGUAUGACAGAGACGGCAAAAGCAAACGGUCUAGGAGCCGCGACCGAGACAUUAAAAGACGACGUUCACGAACUCGCAGCCGCGAGAGACGUCGAUCGAGAUCACGAUCCGACCGAAGAAGUGGAGGCAGUCAUCGGAGAGAUCGAAGUCAUUCGAGAGGCAGACGAGAGAGAUCUCGUGGACGAGAAGUUGACGAUCGUCGAGGAGGUGACCGUCGAAGUCCGGUGCCUCGAAGGAGCCCAAGUCCCAGACCUGAACGGAGUCCAAGGCCUCGACGAAGUCCGUCUCCGAAAGCCAGGCGUAGAAGUCCAAGUUUAAAAGAGCGCAAGCCCAGGAAAGAGUCCAGGAGUCGAAGCCCUGUAGAACGUAGAAAGCACAGUCCUAAAAAGGAAGCAAGAAGUCCCAGUCCAAAAACAGGAAGAGCCGAUGAGAGUCCAAAAGGUAGACGGAGCCCUUCUUCAGAAAAAGAAAGAAUGCGGACUAGAAGUCGCGAAAGAAGCGGAUCAUCAGGUGCAAGCGAUGCUAAUUGAGAAAAAAGAUGCACUUUGUUUGGCGUUCUUAAGAUAUGACUCUCAUCCGAGAAUCAUUUGCACGACGUGAAAAUUUUGUGUUCAGGUGAAACUAAAACUUCAUUUAGACUUUAUCUUAUCAAUUUUGCAUCAGUUUUGAAAGAUACGAUAACAUUGAUAUCUUUCUUCAAAAUUGCAAAAGGUAUCAUUCUGUUGGGAGUUUCCUUUAUAAAUAUAUUGCUGUUUUACGUUGAUUUUGUUGUGCAAUUGUGUGAAUCUUGGAAUAUAUAU